AAUUUUUUCUUUAAACUAUAAGUCUAAAAAACGUUUAAACUACUCAUAUAAUCAUAUUAUGAAACGAAGGGCGUAAGGAAAAAAAAAAAUCAUUGGAAAACUUUUAGGUAAGAAGCAAAUUAUGCAUGCUCCAUGUGGGUAGAAGGCAUAGUGAGAAAAUUACAAACAACCCCAACUAAACGACAAACAAACAACCCCAAAACCGAAAUAAAAUAAAAAAUCACCCCCCCCCCCCCAAAAAAAAAAUAUUUCAAAAUCCAAAAAAAGCAACAGAAAUUGGAAUUACUCACUUAAAAACCCCACUUCUACUUCUAGCUCCAUCUCCCUCCCUUCCUCCUCCUACCUCACUCUCUCUCUCUACCUGCAAAUCCCCCCUUCUUCUUCUUCUUCCGCCAUUAAAAUCAACCGACAAAAACUCCAACAACAACAACCCAGAAAUAAAAUAAUGCGAACCCCUCUUCUUCUUCUCUUCCUUCUUCUUCAUUUCCACUUCCAUUUCAUCAAUGGCAAAACAUUACCAGAACACAAAGCUUUACUGGGUAUUAAAUCCGCCAUUACAGACGAUCCACAAGCUUCUCUCUCCUCCUGGAACACCACCACUCACCACUGUACUUGGCCAUUCAUCACUUGCUCUUCCACCACCACCCACCAUUCCAACGUCAUUUCUCUCAACCUUUCUGGGUUAAACCUCACCGGAAUCCUCUCCCCUGAUAUCGGCUUCUUAACCAACCUUCAAAACCUCACUGUAGCAUCUAACGCCUUAUCCGGCCCUAUUCCGCCGUCUCUCUCUCUCCUCACUGAACUACGGUACCUUAAUUUAUCCAACAAUAACUUCAAUGAAACCUUCCCUUCUUCUCUCUCUUCCCUUAAAAACCUCAAUGUUCUCGAUGUUUACAACAACAAUCUCACCGGGCCUUUGCCGUUGUCCGCCGUUGAGAUGUCGGAGCUCCGGCAUCUUCACUUGGGUGGUAACUACUUUUCCGGCGAGAUUCCGCCGGAUUACGGCCAAUGGGAGAAGCUUCAGUACCUUGCAGUUUCCGGCAACGAGCUUGAAGGGAAAAUACCGCCGGAAAUCGGUAACUUAACCUCGUUAAAAGAGCUUUACAUUGGGUACUUUAAUGCUUACUCCGGUGGGGUUCCGCCGGAGAUCGGGAACUUGACGGAGUUAGUUCGAUUCGACGGUGCUAACUGUGGAUUAUCCGGCGAACUUCCGGCGGAGUUGGGAAGACUCCAGAAGCUUGAUACGUUGUUUCUUCAGGUGAAUACUCUUUCUGGGUCACUCCCAAAUGAGUUGGGAUCCUUAAAUAGUUUGAAAUCAAUGGAUUUAUCGAACAAUCUGUUUUCCGGUGAGAUCCCUGUUUCUUUCUCUCUCUUGAAGAAUCUAACUCUGUUGAAUCUGUUUCGGAACAAAUUGCACGGGGCCGUGCCGGAUUUUGUCGGAGAUUUACCGGAGUUGGAGGUUCUUCAACUAUGGGAAAACAAUUUUACAGGAAGUAUCCCAGAAAAGUUGGGUACUAAUGGAAAAUUACAGCUUCUAGAUCUUUCUUCUAACAAGCUUACUGGGAGUUUACCCCCAAAUUUAUGCAGAGGAGAGAGAUUAGAAACCCUAAUUACAUUGGGUAAUUUCUUACUUGGUCCGAUUCCUGAGAGUUUGGGUAGCUGUAGUUCAUUGACCCGGGUUAGAAUGGGUGAAAAUUUCUUAAACGGGUCAAUUCCAAAGGGCUUGUUUGGUCUUCCUAAGUUAACCCAAGUUGAGUUGCAGGACAAUCUUCUUACCGGAGGUUUCCCUGAGACGGGGAGUUCAGUAGCGGAGAGUCUAGGUCAAAUUUCGAUAUCGAAUAAUCAGCUUUCCGGGAAGUUACCGGCUAGUAUCGGUAACUUCUCCGGUGUUCAGAAGUUAUUGCUUGAUGGGAAUAAGUUUAGUGGGAGUAUUCCACCGGAGAUUGGGAAUUUGCAACAGCUUUCUAAAAUUGAUUUUAGUAGUAAUAAGUUUACCGGUGAAAUUCCGGCUGAGAUUAGUAAGUGUAAGCUGCUUACAUUCGUCGAUCUCAGUCGGAAUCAGCUCACUGGCGAGAUUCCGAAGGAGAUUACUGGUAUGAGGAUAUUGAAUUAUUUGAAUAUAUCGAGAAAUCAUUUGAGUGGUAGCAUUCCUGGUUCAAUUUCUAAUAUGCAAAGUUUAACUUCGGUUGAUUUUUCAUACAAUAAUUUCACUGGUUUGGUACCUGAAACUGGGCAAUUUAGCUACUUUAAUUACACUUCAUUUUUGGGUAAUCCUGAUUUAUGUGGACCUUAUUUGGGUCCUUGUAAAAAUGGGGUUGUUGGUUCUUCACACCAAAGUCAUGGUAAAGGCUUAUCUGCUUCAUUGAAGCUGCUCUUGGUCAUUGGUCUUUUGUUGUGUUCGAUAAUCUUUGCAAUUGCUGCGAUCAUCAAGGCUCGUUCGCUUAAGAAAGCGAGCGAGUCUAGAGCGUGGAAGCUGACCGCCUUCCAGCGGUUAGACUUCACGGCAGAUGAUGUUUUGGAUUGCUUGAAGGAAGAUAACAUUAUUGGGAAAGGUGGUGCAGGGAUUGUUUACAAAGGAAAUAUGCCGAAUGGUGAUCAAGUCGCUGUUAAGAGACUUCCUGCAAUGAGUAGGGGUUCAUCUCAUGAUCAUGGGUUUAAUGCUGAGAUUCAGACUCUAGGGAAGAUUAGACAUAGGCACAUUGUUAGAUUAUUAGGGUUCUGCUCAAACCAUGAGACUAAUCUGUUGGUGUAUGAGUACAUGCCUAAUGGAAGCUUAGGUGAGGUUAUACAUGGUAAGAAAGGCGGUCAUUUGCAUUGGGAUACAAGGUAUAAGAUCGCAAUUGAGGCAGCCAAAGGGCUUUGCUAUCUCCAUCAUGAUUGCUCGCCUUUGAUUGUUCAUCGCGAUGUCAAGUCCAACAACAUCCUUUUGGAUUCCAGCUAUGAGGCUCAUGUUGCUGACUUUGGGCUUGCUAAGUUCUUGCAAGAUUCAGGCACAUCAGAAUGCAUGUCUGCUAUUGCUGGCUCCUAUGGAUACAUUGCCCCAGAAUAUGCCUACACAUUGAAGGUUGAUGAGAAAAGUGAUGUUUACAGCUUCGGAGUGGUUCUCUUAGAACUCAUAACUGGUAGGAAGCCAGUUGGUGAAUUUGGUGAUGGGGUUGAUAUAGUUCAAUGGGUGAGGAAAAUGACUGACGGGAACAAGGAAGGAGUCCUGAAAAUCUUGGACCCUAGACUCCCUUCAGUUCCACUCCAUGAGGUGAUGCACGUAUUCUAUGUCGCCAUGUUGUGUGUUGAAGAACAGGCGGUGGAACGACCCACAAUGCGAGAGGUGGUUCAAAUACUACUGGAGAUCCCAAAACCACCAGCAUCUGCCAAGCAAGGCGACGGCUCUCCCUUGGAAUCACCCCAACAAACUACCACAGAUGCCACAGAUUCUCCUGCAAAGGAAGACCAGCCACCACCUAAAUCGCCACCACCAGAUCUUCUUAGUAUUUAGUGUGUUCUACUCCUCUACACGAGUACUACUAGAAUUUUCGCUACGUCUCUCGAAGUAAUCAGAGUUGAGAGUUGGCUAGCUUGAUUUUCAGUGUUUUUAGCAUGUUUUUUUGGGUGGGUAAAGAAUGAUAAAAGGGGGUUUGGGAGUGUUAGACUGUUAGAGAGAUUGGUUUGUGCUAACUAAGGUCUUAAAUGUGUUUGCUUCAAGAUUUUUCUGGGUUGUACAGUUUUGUAUUGGUUGGUUUAGCCAUUAAAUUAAGGUUUCUACUCCGUAAAA